AAUUUCUUUCACCUGGGCGCAGCCAUCUUGGAUGGCCACGUGACUUCCCAUCAUUCCAUGCGUACAAAAAAAGGACAAAAUGGCUACGCUGCUGAAGGUUCUCCGGGCUUCUGCCCGCUCUCGCCUGCAGUUUACCCCCGCCAGGCCCGCUUCAGGGGCUGCACCUGCUGGUGGAGAACACUCAGGUGGCAUGGACCUGUGGAAGAAGAUGUCUGUGUUCAUUGCCCUGCCUGCUCUGACCAUCUGUAUGCUGAACGCCUACCUGAAGGAAAAGGAACAUCACGAACAUCCCCGGCCAGAGUUCCAGGCAUACGCCCACCUGCGAAUCAGAAGCAAGCCGUUUCCGUGGGGCGACGGUGUGAAAUCACUGUUCCACAACCCUCACAACAAUGCUCUGCCGGACGUUGGCUAUGAGGACAAGCACUGAGUAUCUGCUGGGUUCCCGUGGGGUGAUGGUCAGAAGUCUGCCUUCCACAACCCACAUAUCAACGCUCUCCCUGAUGGCUAUGAAGAUGCAGAGGAAUAGAGAAGGCAGAAUCAGAUAUCAACUAAGCAGAAUAUACAACUCCAUGUCUCAAAUCUCAAAAUCAUCCAGAAGCCAUUUAUGUAUGAGUAGGAAAACUACUGUGUGCUCAGAGAGCCUCAGAAUGAUGUAGACUGCACUUGUCAGUUUUCUGUAUGCUGCCUUUCAGUGAGAUGUUUUCUUUGAGACCCAUGUGUGCUGAUGUAAAAUAAAGUUUCAACCCCCCAA